ACAAGCUGCACAAACUUAAGCAUGACAGGAGUAGCAGCCACUCGUCUCAAUCUUCCUACUCAGACGUCAGCGGAGAUGAAACGGACAUCGUUUGUCAAAUAAGUAAAACGAACAGCAAGGACAGCAAAAAAAUCGAUGUUUUCAUUAACGACAUUCCUUGCACGAUGGACUGGGAUCCCGGUUCUCUCUAUUCGAUCAUUAGUACGCAAUUCUGGGCGCGUAUCGGAACUCCUUCCCUCAUAAAGGCUCCCAGCUUGCGCGCAUAUGGAAAUACAAGACUCAAACCAAAGGGUCUAACAAACGUUAGCGUACGCAUUCAAAAUGAGGAAAGACUACUUCCUGUUGUUGUCAUGAAGUCAGCAGACCCUAUGUUGUUCGGCCUUCAAUGGAGCGAAAUGUUCCAGAUGGAUUUUCCAAAACCAGUCUACUCGAUCAAGAAAACUCGACAGGAAGCCAUUACACUAAAACAAAUUCUGGACAAGCAUACAACACUCUUCGACGGAAAACUUGGAAAAGUAAAAGAUUAUCAAGUAAACAUACACAUCAAGCCCGAUGCACAACCGAAACACAUCACAGCCAGAUCAAUUAAAUUCUCAAUGAAGAAAAACAUAGAAGUUGAACUGGAUCGUUUGGUUGAAGAAGGAAUUAUAACCAAAGUAGACCCAAAUAUGACUCCGAUCCAGUGGGCAACACCGACAGUUAACGUGGUGAAAACCAAUGGCCAGAUCAGAAUCUGUGGUGAUUUCCGCAGCACACUCAACCCUGUUCUGAUAACACACGCACACCCUGUUCCUUUGUUUGAUCAACUACGCCAGAGUCUAGCGGAGGGUGAAAAAUUUUCAAAAAUUGACCUAAAAGAUGCGUACCUACAAUUUGAAAUUGAGCCCGAAUCUAAACAGUUCUUGACAAUAUCGACACACAAAGGAUACUACACCUACAACCGAAUGCCAUUUGGCAUUUCCACGGCCCCAUCAAUAUUCCAACAUUAUCUUGACAAGCUUCUGGAGGGAUUGCCAAAUGUAGCAGUCUACUUUGAUGACAUUGCAGUUACAGGAAAAAACGACAAAGACCACCUUGAAACACUACGUACCGUAUUUGAAAGACUGGAACAAGCUGGAUUAAAAGUCAAUUUAAAGAAAUGUACCUUUUUACAACCAGAAGUAGAAUAUCUUGGGCACACAAUUGACAAAAAUGGAGUACGCCCUACAAAAUCAAAGAUAGAAGCUAUCAGCAAAUCUUCCCCACCAACUAAUGCCAAGGAGCUACGAUCAUUCCUUGGAUUAGUCAACUUUUAUGAGCGAUUUAUACCACACUUACACAGUGUAUGCGCCGAUCUUCACACACUAACAGGGAACAGAAUGAAAUGGCAAUGGACCAACAAGGAAGCUGAGGCUUUUGAACGUGCUAAAUUAAUGAUUGUUCAUUCUAAAUCACUUGUAGCUUUCAAUGAUAAGUGCCCACUUUACCUAGCCUGUGAUGCUUCAGAGAAGGGCGUGGGCGCAGUGCUUUUUCACAUGAGGAAUAAUAUUGAACAACCAAUUGCUUUCGCAUCACGAAAACUCCGACCAGCAGAGUCAAAGUAUUCCGUCAUAGACCGCGAAGCUCUCGCAAUAUUUUUUGGGAUUAGAAAAUUUGACCAAUAUCUUCGUGGCACUAAAUUUACAUUAGUCACGGAUCAUAAGCCCCUGAUACACAUUUUGGGAUCUCAACGAAACUUACCCAAACUCGCCAACAAUCGCCUAGUACGAUGGGCUUUAAUAAUUGGUAGUUAUGAUUACGACAUUAAGUAUACAAAAGGUUGCAACAAUCUCAUCGCAGACUAUUUAUCCAGGAUGCCCAAUCCAGAGGAAUUACCUUCCAAGUCUGAACUCAAGGUCCACAAAAUUGUAGCGCGACUGCAAACUGAUAGCAUUGGCGAUCUUGCAUUAUCUGAAACCGUUAUACGAGAUGAAACGCGAAAAGAUACUACGCUUAAACGAAUAACUAACCUUAUAAAAACUGGUUGGCGUGAGCAUCAAUACUCAAACGAUGUAAAACCAUACGCCCGGAAGCGCGAUGAGUUGUCACUAGAAAACAAAAUAAUCAUGUGGCAAGGCCGUAUUGUUGUUCCUGACACUCUGAGGAAACCGACCCUAAAAUAUCUGCAUCUUGGGCACCCAGGCAUUUCAGCAAUGAGAGCACUGGCACGUUUUUACGUUUGGUGGCCAACUAUAGAGGAAGAUAUAGACACACAUGUAAAGACUUGCCACAAAUGCCAGGAAAAUAGGCCUAAUACUUCAGAUCUACCAAUCUUCUCAUGGUCCAUGCCAGACCAAGCCUGGGAAAGGAUUCACGUCGACUUUGCCGGACCAUUCGAAGGUUCAUAUUGGUUGGUUUUGUCAGAUGCUUUUUCUAAAUGGAUUGAAAUCAAGCCGAUGACCAAAAUAACGACAACCAAACUAUGUGAUGAACUGGAUACAAUUUUCACUACCUUUGGUCUACCCCAAUUUUUAGUGUCUGACAAUGGCCCCCAAUUCAUUUCUAAAGAAUUCCAGGAUUACUGUGAAAAAAACGGAAUUAAACAUAUCAAAUCGUCACCUUAUCAUCCGCGGACGAAUGGAUUAGCCGAAAGGCUUGUGAGGACUUUCAAGACCAGAAUGUCGUCAAGCACAAAAUGCCUCAAGAAACGUUUAGAACAUUUCCUUUUCGCUUAUCGCAUCACACCCCAUAGCACAACUGGCAAAGCGCCGGGCCAGCUAAUGUUUGGAAGACAACUAAAUUGUCUCCUUGACAAUGCCAGACCAAGUGCUAAACGUUCAUUACAGUAUAGACAAAUACAAGCGAAUGUUAACUCCGCUGACCAGACUCCAAACUAUAGACCGGGUGAUGCUGUGUAUGUGCGAAGCAGGGAACAGCCGCGAUGGGAGCCUGCCACGGUCUCUCGACGCACACAUCGAUAUUCUUAUGUUAUUAACACUCCAGUUGGGGUGGAGAGGAGGUAUCACGCAGACCACAUACGACCCCGUCUCCCUGACCUAGAAGAAAGCCCAGCUGAGAGAACUCCUAUGGUACCAGUUACAUCGUCAACACCAGUAUUGCAAGCCAAUGGAUCGACAGUGCCAUGCCCAGGGUCAGAAGCUGGAGCGGAAUCUCUUGCAGAAGUUGCCCCAGUUUGCUCUCCUCAGAAUGAGGCCGGUACGGCCACAGCCGCUACACCUAUGGCACCGCGUCGAAGCCGGCGUACCAUUAAACCACCUCGUCGACUAAUUGAUGAGAUGGACGUUUAAAUCUUUAGGGCGAACGAAUGUUACAACCUCAUUUCAUAUCACCUAUCUUUUACCAUAGAGAACAUCAUCAACGGCGUUCAGUAUGUCAUAUCUGUCAUUUUAAUUUUAUUGUCAACAUAUGAAUAAACUAUUCUAUAAAUCUUAA